GCUAAGUGGCGAAAAAUCGAAAGCUUUAAAUUCGUUUGAGUACAAGAUAUCACAGGCCAUGUGGUCCAUAUAAACAAUACUAGGAAUCUUUGAUAAAGUCUUCAAAUUCUUACAUGGCUGCAAUGGCAGAAGUCAAAGGAGAAAAUCGAAGGCACACUUUCCGAAGAGUGAAAGAAAAGCAGACCAAUAAACUUCCAAAUAUAGAGGAGCGUAAAGGAUCACAGGACGAGACUGAUGAAGUGGAGUAUGAGAGAAUUCGACAGUCUGGAAGAGACCGUUAUAAAGAUCUUUCAAGACCGAAAGAACAAAAAAUAGAAUGGUGGACAAACGUUGGCCCAAAUGUGAGUUGGGGGACACAGGAAAUGAUGUGGCCAGUGUCCAGAAGUAUACCAGAUGCAACUGAUCGAGUAAAAACUUUAGCCUCUCCGAAGAAAAAUUUCCAAACAGGUCAAAGUUCAGGCAGGCCACUGUUUUACUACAGCUGUGGACGAGCUUCUAUGGUAUGGGAGCUAAAACCUUUACAACAACAGGCCAAUGUUAGGGUACAAGAACUUUCUAGAUCUAAAGAACUACAUAAAGACCACCGAGAAAACAGAGAAAACGUUUACUGGAGAGAUUAUUACAAGUACAUACAACAGAGGGAAUAUUUAUACAGCUGUGGACGUAAUACACCAAUAUGGCUUGUCGGUAAAGGGGCACAAAAUGCUGAAGACCGGCCUCGAACACGACAAUUAGCUGAACCUAAACAGCCACCUAAAGAAUAUGAAGGAGCACGGCAAAUAGAAACAAUUAUACCAAAAUCUGCCUUGAAAGGUGAACCUAGCGAAAGAACCCAAAGUUUGUCUUUCCCCAAGAAAAGACCUGAAGGACCAUUUAGGGAUCCUGUAUGGUCGGUUCCUGUCUCUGCAAAGAAUGCAUCUGCAACAGAACGAUGUGCUGAACUAGCUAGAUCAAAAUCAACUCCCGAUUCCUAUCAAAAACCAAAAGAUGAGAUGUGGCCCAUUUCUAAAGCAGCAAGGCGUGCCACUGCCACUCCUCGUGUGGAUGAACUAUCGAAACCUAUAGUUAGAGCAUCUAUGGACCAUGUGCAAUUUAAUCCUGAUGCAUUCUUAGUUAAGGAAACUGCUCUGAAAGGAGUUGUUCCCAAACGAAUUGAAACACUAUCUAGGCCAAUAGAUAGAUAGUUAAAUUAAAUUUGUUACAUUGGAACAGUAUUAAUUAUUUAUUUAUUAAGAUUUGGAAUUGUUACCAUCACAGUAUUAUUGAUGUUUGUUGAUUAAUGUACAGUUUAAAAUGUUUUCAAAGGUGUUAUCACUCUGUAUCUUUGUAAAAUAUUUCAAAUUCUAUGAAGCAUUUUCAAAGGGAAAGAACAAAAAUACGAACUUGUGGAAAGCUCUAAAAUAUUUUAACCUUUGAAAUUGUUAAGCCUAUUACAUAUUGUCAAAUACCUUCAUAAGCAACAUGUUAAGUGUAAAAUAUUUAAAGAUUUGAUUUUCCAAACAAUCAGUUUUUCUUUUCAAAAUAUAUUCCAAAUAUGCAUUCACAACUGUUAACAUAUAUGUUUUUCUUGGUAAAACUAAGGUGUAUUAACUUGCAUUUAACAACCUCACCUUUGCUUGUAACGGAUUUUGAUUUAAACUAUUCAGUAUUAUUUGGAUAUGACUAAGAGACAGAUGAUAGUUUUUUUAGAAUAACAGAACCUUUUUAUGUAAUAGAUCAUGAACAGAAAGGUUUCAAGUCUAGACUUUGACCUUAGAAUUUUUUUUAUUUCUCUGAACAUUGUGUGGGUGUGUCUGCUACAUGCAUUUUGCUUAAUCAUUUUGUUUACUAUUUUUACAAUUGGUCUAUUAUCGAGAACUGCCAGAAAUUGUCAUCAUUCUAAUGUUCGAACUUGAAUCUUGUGUGUUUAAAUGCUUCUACUCUGCAAUGAGUGGUGAUAUGCUUCUUAUUUAAAUAGAACCAUGGUUUAAUUGAAAUAACUUCCUAUAAAUGACUUGCAGAUACUUUUACAAAGAAAAUUGUCAAAUUUUGUAGUAAGACAAAUGUCUGUCACUGCUGGUAAAACUUCAUUCUUUUAAAUAUUUAUAUAUACAUGAUAUAUAAGCUUAUACUCAACAUCACAGCAAAUUUGAAUAUUUAUAAAUUAAUUUUCUGGCAAUCUAAUGAACUAUCAACAUUGUCAAUAUUGUGUAAUAAAUGUUUGACAAUGUCAAUAUUUUGUAGACAAACUAAUGACAUUGUAUAAGUUUUGCCAUGUAUUUGCCAUCAUAUUCAGGUUCAAAUCAUAGUUUUUGUCAUGCUGCAAUUUGUUAUUUUCUUUGCACAUGGUUUAGGUUCAGUCUUAACAUCUAUUUUAGUUUUUCUCUUUGUGUAUUUCUAUGAUGAUUGAAAAUAAAUCUGCUGUUGAGCAAUGA